UAAUGUUAAAAAUUUUCUUUUUUCAUCAUCAGCUACUGUCUAUGGUAUACCUAAAUAUUUACCACUUGAUGAAAAACAUCCAUGUAUUGGUGAUGCUAUUACUAAUCCAUAUGGUAAAAGUAAAUACAUAUGUGAACAUAUUCUUAAAGAUACAAUAGUUGAUCAUCCUAAAUGGAAUAUCAUUCUUCUACGUUUUUUUAAUCCUGUUGGUGCUCAUAAAACAGUAGCUGUUGGUCGUUUACCAAAUGUUAAUAUUUUUGGUACUGAUUAUGAUACUCUAGAUGGUACAGGUGUUCGAGAUUAUAUACAUGUUGUUGAUGUAGCUAUACGUCAUAUUGCAGCAAUGAAACAAUUUGAAAUGAAUUGUGGUUUAAAAAUUUAUAAUCUUGGUACUGGUAAAGAUUAUUCUGUAUUAGAAAUGAUUAAAGCAUUAGAAAAAGCAUCAGGCAAAACCAUAUCUUAUAAAGAAUGUUCUCGACAUCCAGGUGAUCUUGCAACUGUUUGUUUAUGCUGA